AUGACUUUGCGUUUUCGACGUUUUCGGCUUACUCUGCUCGCGUGGGAUUGCAGACGUAGACUGUUUUCACCCGGCAGCACGUCGCCCGGGGCAGGAAUGGCACAUGGAGGGGGCCGAGCUCCCCAUCUGUCCCAAUCCUCGAUGGUGACACGACGCCAUGUUUGGAUUCCCAUAGUCUUUCUUCUUGGCUUGCCGCUCACCCUGGUAUCAGUGGCCAGCACUAACUGCGUGCCGCGAAGCGGAAGCAGCGCAGCUUCCUCGCGCACUUUGCAGAGCAGCAUCUAUGUGGGAAGGACUCCCAAAGACUCAGACGGGAUGGUGGCUUCCCGUAUCUCGAGGCAAGCAAAGGCAGUCGGAGGACCGAAAGGAAGACGGAAAGACACAAAAAAACAAGUCCAAGUUCAGAAGGAACGAAAGAAGAGGGAUAACGUGAUAGAGCUGGAAGGCAAGGUCCUUGUCCAUUCCCGCAACAUAUUCAAGGUGCUUUUAAGCAACGGAGCGGAGGUGCAGUGCACGCUUGCUGGAAAGCUGCGCAUGAACAACAUCAAGGUCAUGGAGGGAGACGCAGUGACAGUCGAGAUGUCACCUUUCGAUUUAACGAAGGGUCGCAUUGUCUUUCGCACGAUCAAAUUUCCGGGAGAAGACGAGGAAGAUACUUAG